UUUUUUAGGGAAGCACAAACAUCCGUGUGUCCAACUGGCGGAAACUGUAAACUGCGUGUUGAAAUAGUUAAAACAAAUCGGGUUUUGUUCUUCAAAAGCGUUUUUUUUUUUUAAAAACGAAGAUAAAUCCCUCUGAGACAUCCACCAAGCGGAUGGACCGGUAGCUCGGCGUGUUGUGGUCAACCGGAAGUCUCCACGGUUGUUUUUGUAGUUCAGGUAGGAGCAUGUAUGCUAGCUGGGAAACAGCUGCUCCUGAUGAAGAGGACGGGGAGCUGGGAAACCGGAUCCAGGAGGAGGACCUGGAUCUAGACCUGGACCUGGAAUUGGCUAAAAUGACGGUAGAAGACUUGAUCUAUAAGGUCCAGGCUGUGCAGACGGACAGCAUCACGACGGACACCGGCGUCAACACGGAGCCAGACUGGGAGAGCCAGGUGGCUGCCGUGUUCCAGUUCGGCUCCCAGCUGAAGGAGCGCUACGAGAGUCUGCAGAGGGAGCAGGAGGAGGAGAAGGAGGUGCAGGAGAGGCACAAAGUUCAGCUGAAGAAGAGGAGGGAGGAAGGCAUCCGGCAGCACCAGGCUCUGCUGGAGAAGCUGGAGUCGCUGCGGGUGAAGCUGCAGCUCAACAACUCCAAGGCCACCAGGAAAAACUUUGAGAGCAAGAAACGGGAGCUGCUGACGGAGAGGAACCGAGCGGAGGAGGAAAGGAACAGACUGGCGAAGGAGCUGGAGGACAGCGACAGGAAGCUGUCGGCGCUGAGCGAGGAGCAGAGCGAGGAGCAGCGGCGCUGGGCGGAGGAGCUGGAGCAGCUGAGGAGCGAGAUGGAGCGGGUGAAGAAGGAGGCGGCCAAGGCGCAGCUGCAGGCCCUGCGGGACGAGAUCGCCGCCGUGGAGAAGCAGAGAGACGGCGCCAUGUCCCGCAUCGAGUCCUGGCUCAAAGAGGUGGCGCAGUACCUGAACACCCUGCGGGUGGAGUUUCCUCAGCAGUACCAUCACGACCGGGGGAAGUGGGAGAAGAAGGAGGGUCUGGUCCGGAAGAGCCAGGCGGAGCUGCAGAGCCGCUUCCAGGAGGUUCUGCAGCAGCUGCAGCAGGGCAGGGAGCUGGAGUCCCUGCCCAGGAUCAACGUGCCGACGCUGCCGCACGUCCCCAUGGCUGACCUCAAGUUCAGACAGGUGAUGCAGGUGGUGACCCAGCCCCCCCAAGUCAUGCCGCCGCCACCGCCCCCCCUGGAGAAGGUUCUGGAGAAGCUGGGGGCCCGGUUCCCGCAGUGCGGCAAGCCGCAGCUGAUGUCGCUGCUGCAGCAGGUGAAGAGUUCCCGCGGGACGCUGGCCGGGAUGUCGGUGGAGGACCUGAUGGAGCAGGUCGGCUUCAAGCUGAGCCAGAGCGAGCGCUCGGCGCCAGGGCCCAUAAGCCGGCCCGCCCCGGGGCCCAUCCAGAGGCCCCCGCCCCCCACCGGGCCCCGCAAGCUCUGCCUCAUGUGCCAGAACCACGUGGACCCGGAGAACCGGCACCCGCUCAGCUGCUCACACACCAUCCACAGAGACUGCAUCCAGAUGUGGCUCCAGUCCAGCAAGAACAACUCCUGUCCCUUCUGUCCGGGUCAGUAACGGACCGGACUGGACCGGACCGCUGCAGGACCCAGAUCGGACCGCUUCCCGGUUCUGUUUCCUUGAAGCCUGAUUUCAUGUUUCAUGUUUUGCGUCUCGGUUCCGGUUCUUCUUUUGAACCCAGAAACCGUGAAAAUCAGUGAAGUUAUUGAUGUUAUUAGUUUGUUCAGAAACAAUAAAUGAUCAACUUUAAUAAGAAAAAGA